AUGUUUAAGGUACUUGCUCUCAUUGCCUGCUUGGCCGUGGUCGCCUCAGCCCAAUACUACGGAUCCGCAUACGAGCACAAGGAACAUCACGAUCACCCGAAGUACAAGUUCGAGUAUGGCGUGAAGGAUCCCCACACCGGUGACCACAAGACCCAGUGGGAAGUGCGCGAUGGCGAUGUCGUCAAGGGACAGUACACGCUGCACGAGGCCGACGGUACCGAGCGCGUGGUUGACUACAAGUCGGACGGUCACAAUGGUUUCGAAGCCAACGUGAAGAACGUUGGUCAUGCUCAUCACCCGCAGGUUUACGGAGGACAUUCAUCCCACGGACAUCACGACUACGGCCAUGGAUCGGGAUCCAGCUACACGAAUCUGGACAAACAUCUUAACGAGCUUAACUCAGCAUAUUUGGUCCUAUUUCAGAUCCUUGCCCUCAUUGCCUGUCUGGCUAUCGUGGCCUCGGCCCAGUACCAUGGAGAGCCCGAGCACAAGGAUUACCACGAUCAUCCCAAGUACAAGUUCGAGUAUGGCGUGAAGGAUCCCCACACCGGUGACCACAAGACCCAGUGGGAAGUGCGCGAUGGCGAUGUCGUCAAGGGACAGUACACGCUGCACGAGGCCGACGGUACCGAGCGCGUGGUUGACUACAAGUCGGACGGUCACAACGGAUUCGAGGCUGAUGUCAAGAAGGUCGGACACGCCCACCAUCCGAGCCAUCCUGUCCAUGCUCCAGUCCAUCAUGCCCCAGCUCACGCCCCAGUGCAUGUGCCGGAGCAUCAUGUCCACCACGGAUAUUCGGGUGCCAGCUACGUCAACGUCGAUAAGCACUACUAAGUGAUUACCAUCGGAACGCAAACGAACCAAACCAAAAUGUGAUUUAAUAAACAAAAAGCAACAGUUGCAGCAUGAACAUGCAAACCUUAACAAUUGUUAAUUUAUCUUGAGCAUUAUUGUAUUGUUUGGAUUGUUGUCCCUAGAACCCCGCCGAUCCAUUGCCCAAUCAUC